GUAAAUACGCGUGCCAAAGGCUGCCCUAGUCACACUCGACGCCAUUGCUAUCUGCCGAUUGAGCUCUGGACUUUCCAAAUGGCUCCGAUGAACGGAAAAUGGACCAAGAUCGAUCAAAACGGCGCAGGACCAGGCGCAAGAAGCUCUCACGCGAUCACAAUCGUAGGGAAAAAGGCCUACGCCUUCGGCGGCGAGUUUUCGCCGCGGAUCCCCGUCGACAACAAACUCCACGUCUUCGAUCUCGACGAACACACCUGGACGGUCGCUUCUGUCUCCGGCGACGUUCCUCCCCCGCGUGUUGGCGUCACGAUGGACGCCGUCGGCCAAAUCGUAUACGUCUUCGGCGGUAGGGAUUUGGAGCAUAAGGAGCUCAACGAACUCUACUCUUUCGACACAUCGAUCAACAAAUGGACGCUGCUCUCUGGCGGCGAGUCCGGACCGCCUCACCGGAGCUACCACUCCACCACCGCUGAUGACCGCCGUGUCUACAUCUUCGGCGGAUGCGGCAACUCCGGCCGCCUCAAUGACUUAUGGGCUUACGAUACGAUAGAUGGAAAAUGGAUCGAGUAUCCGUCGGCAGGGGAGGGGUUAAAGGGCCGAGGUGGGCCGGGCUUAGCUGUGGCCCAAAGGAAAAUAUGGGUCGUGUACGGAUUCGCGGGUAUGGAAAUGGACGACGUACACUACUUCGAUCCGGCCCAAAACAAAUGGGCCCAAGUUGAGACGACAGGGGAAAGACCCACGCCUCGGAGCGUGUUCUCCACGUGCGCGAUUGGGAAGUACGUGUAUAUCUACGGUGGGGAAGUGGACCCCAGUGACUUGGGGCAUUUGGGCGCCGGAAAGUUCGCGGGAGAGGUGUAUGUGUUGGACACGGAGGCGUUGGAGUGGAGUAGAGUGGAAGAUGGGCUGGGCUUGGAGAAUCAUCCUGGGCCGAGAGGGUGGUGCGCGUUUUCAGUGGGCCGGAAGGGAGGGGAAUUGGGCCUUCUGGUUUAUGGGGGAAAUUCGCCGAGCAAUGAUCGGCUGGGGGAUAUCUAUUUUUUCACUCCUGUGUGAGCGAGAAUGGUAAAUGCAGUUGACGGUGGUGAUUUGAUGGAUUACGAUGAUGGGUGUGAUUAUAUGUGU